UAUACUGGGAUUUUCACGAAUCGCCAGAAUAUGCCCUCCACGGAAUAGUGACCAGUGUUGUGCGACAGUCCACCGAUUAGACAGUAUGCGAGUGCAUUUCGCAUGUUGUGCUGUUACUGUUAACGCUGGGAUGCAGUCACUCGUUCUGAUACUCAUCGGUUUAGCAACACUGGGUCAGUGUAUCCGAAGAGAGCUCGAACAUUCAGCGCAUGACUUCACGCUCGUUCCUCACGAUGAACUCGCGAAAAAUAUCAAGUACACCUUCCGAGCGAGAGGCGUGCACAACUACACGCAGCUGACCUUUGACCUCCCGCGACGUCAGCUGCUCGUCGGCGCUCGCAACUUCCUCUUCCGGGUCAACCUGACGACCCUGGAGAUCCACGAGAGCGCCGAGUGGUCGCCUAGCGACGAACAGACGCACAUGUGCACGCAGAAGGGACAGACAGACGAGAAGUGUCACAACUUUGUACGAGUGCUGCUCAUUCACAAGGAUAGUGUUUUCACCUGUGGAACGAAUGCCUUCAAACCGAUGUGCUCAUGGAGAGAGAUCGAGCGCUUGAACGCGGUGAGCGAGUGGGUGGAUGGCAUAGCCAAGUGCCCAUACUCGCUCGAGCAGAACUCUACAGCUCUGUUUACGAGCGACGGAGACUACUACGGGGCAACCGUGCUCGAUUUCACAGCGCGAGACCCGGCAAUCUACAGAAUCAUGGGCGAUCCUCCGUAUCUACGCACGGCACAAUACAACGACAAGUGGCUCAACGAUCCUGACUUUGUGGCAUCCUUUGAGAUCGGAAACUUCACAUACUUUUUCUUUAGAGAGAUUGCAUCGGAAUCUGCUGGCUGUAGCAAAACGGUCUACUCGAGGGUAGCAAGACUCUGUAAGAAAGAUAAAGGUGGAAACUUGCUGAUGGCAGACACUUGGACGACCUUCGCCAAAGUCAGACUCAACUGUUCGCUGCCCACCGAGAUCGUAUUCUACUUUGACCAAAUACAGGACGUCUUUUUUCACGCACUGCAGAGGAGGUUUUAUGCUGUGUUCACCACGCAAGUGAGUAGUAUCUUUGGUUCGGCUGUGUGUGCAUUCGACAUGGAGGCUUUGGAGGAUGCAUUCGCUGGUCCAUUCAGCUACCAGAAGGAUAUGCACAGCCAAUGGGAACAAGUACCCAAUCUACAACAGUUAGAGUGUGGUGCUGGGACAGAGCGGUCAACACGGGCUUACAUGGAGCGACAGAAGUACCAGCUCAUGUACCUAGCAGCCCAACCAACCCAGCCAACACCUCUAUACACAACAGAAAUGGAGAGGUUCAGCCACGUCGUCGUCGAUAACGUCGAGAUAAAAGGCGGCGAGCUCGUGGACGUGAUGUUCGUCGCGACGGAGGCGGGAACGAUUAAGAAGCUGGUGAAGCUGUCUCAUCUCGAGCACGCGUGCCUCGUCGAAGAACUGAUGCUGUUCCCGGUCGACGCCCCGCAACGCGUAUACGUGCUCAAGCUACUGUCGUCUGAGGGUGCCUUAUAUGUAGGAACAGAUGAGGGAGUCAUAAAGAUAGACGUUGAACGCUGUGAUAGGUUCAAGACGCGUGGGGAAUGUUCGCCGACGUCGCAGGACCCGUACUGUGGCUGGAACAGUCGUCUGAGCAAGUGCACGCGGGCGCCUGCAGGAAACACGCGAUCUCCCUACUGGCUGCAAGACAUACAUGCUUGCCCCGACACGAGCGAACCAGUUAAUGGUGGGUUUGGACCGUGGAACGACUGGACCAAGUGUAACCACGUCGGCGUGUUGUCACCGGGAGAGGAGUGCUUGUGUCGGAUGCGAGAUUGCAACGACCCACCGCCAGCCAACGGUGGCAAGAAUUGCCGAGGCCAGCGGGUGCAGGUUUCCAAUUGCACUACGCACGGAGGCUGGACGCCGUGGUCAGAGUGGUCAGCCUGCUCCUUGAGCUGCGGCCGCGCGAUGAAGACGCGGCACAGGAGGUGCGGCAACCCGGAGCCGAGGUUCGGCGGGAGAGUCUGCGUCGGCAAGGAGACGGAGGAGGACGCGUGCGAUUAUGUGCCGUGUCCAGUGUUGCCACCACCGAAGCAAGAUGGCGGCUGGUCGCCGUGGAGCGCGUGGAGUCGGUGCAGCGCGGAGUGUGGAGGAGGAAUGAGGAAGCGUUCGCGAACCUGUGAUAGUCCCGAGCCUCGCUACAACGGCCUGCCAUGCAGCGGCUGCGACGUCCAGUUCAGCCCAUGCAGCGAAGAGCCAUGUCAGGAGGUGAAGAAGUCUACGCCGUGGACGCUGUGGGGCAAGAACAACGUAACGAAGGACGGCUACUUUGAGCAGAGGUUUCGCUUCACGUGUCACGCCGAGGUCCCCGACGCCAGUCUCAUGCGCAUCGGAAACAUGCGCAAACAAGAGCGCUUCUGUGUAGAUGGCGCCAGGAGCUGCUUGAAUUCGGCAUUCAUCAACAACGAUGGCGAGUGGUCGUCAUGGCAGGAGUGGUCGUCGUGUACGGCUGAGUGUGGUGGUGGAGUACAGACGCGCAGCCGAGACUGCAACAGUCCUAAACCGGUCGGCUCGGGAACCGACUGUGAGGGCUACGGCCUCAUGCAGAGACAGUGUAACAUGCACUCCUGCCAAGGUGAAUGGUCGUGCUGGUCGCCGUGGAGCGAGUGUUCGGUGACGUGUAGUACCGGCACACGCCGCCGUACCAGGGAGUGCAGGACGAGCGGCAGCCAGGAACGCACGACCGCGUGCAUCGGCAAGAGCAGAGACGAAGAAAUCUGUGAGAUGGCGCCGUGCGAACUGGAGAUCGGCUGGCAUCAGUGGUCGGCAUGGUCGCUGUGCGACGGCGACAACAACCGGCACCGCACGCGCGUCUGCAAGGAAGCCGAACCGAACGCGACGCAGUGCCUCGGCCCCGGCGACGACACGCGCGCAUGCUCCUUCACGCCCAUCGUGCAGGAAUCGCGCUCGCCAGGGGGCGCCGGCAUCGCGGUGAUGCACCUCGCCAUCGCGUCCUGCGUGGCGUUCGUCGUCGGAUGCGCGAUCAGCAUCGUCGUCAUCACGUGGUACCAGCGGCGGCAGCGCGGCGAGCCGAACCGGGAGAGCGCGAUCAACAAGGCAGACCUCUUCAUGCCAGUGAAUCUCGAAUGGAAGAACAACGAGACGCCGCUGGCGGGGACGACGUACCGUAACGCUCCCGUCACGCGUAACGGAUCCAUGCUGCGCAACGGGACGAUCGUCAGCGGCGGCGGCGGCGGGGGCGGGACGUUGCCGCGGGGACCAACGAUCACGCGCGGACAGUCGCUGACGCGUAAGACGAACCCGUACGGAACGCUGCAGCGCAUGACGGUGAAGACUCCGGCCGAGACGGAGUCGUUCAAACGCGUCUCGAUGAUGAAGGACUACGACCAGAUAUGAGACGGACGGAGAGAGAGAGAGAGAGAGAGCAUGCACCGAGCAGUAUUAGCAGCUGGUUGUGCGAGGGAGAGUGUGCGCUUUCAACGUGAAGCUAACUUUCAAUGGGAAGAUAACGCUCACAACUUUCGAUGUGAAGCUCACGCUCGUGCUCGCCUGGAUAGCGGGAGCGACGAUCCACCCGCGCUCGCAACACUGCAGCUAGCUGUGCACAGACGGAAGCGCGUGCGUGGCUGUGCGCUUUCGACGUGAAAUCAACGCUCGCUACUUUCGACAUGAAGCUUAACGCUCGCACGCCCCUGGAUCGCGGCAACAACCAGCGUUCACACUGCAGCUAGCCGCGCACAGAUAAGCGGGAGUCACCCCUCGCCAACACGAACGUCGGACGCGCCGCGCUGCGAGCGUGCGUGCCGAGAAAGUGCCGCCGUCGACUCGAGGAAUGGCUUGAGGCAACGCUUCGUGAAACUAAGCGCGAGCGGCAGAGAGGUGCUGCUGACUGGAGGGAGGUCCUCCCUGACUGGGUUGGCUGCGUCUGUGUCAGCCUGCGUCUUGGAGGAAAGUGCUGGGAAGCAGUGGAAAAGCAGCAGCAGUGGAAGCAUGCGGUGGUUGAUGCAGUCGCGCUGUACUCGUACGAGCAAACACUGCUGUGUGCUGCGGCAAUCAUCCUAGUAGAUAUACAGGCUCAUGAUGUAGAUCGUGCGUGGCAGAGAGAGAAAGAGUGAGAGUAAGCGAGAGAGAGAGAGAGAGACAGUGUGAGAUAGAGGGAGAGAGAGAGAAAGAGAGAGAGAGAGAGAGAGAGAGAAGAGAGAGAGAGAGACGAUCUACGAAGAAAUAGAUUCUUCUUUCUGCUUGUACAUUUCAACAGGCUGAAUAUAAAUAUUGUAAAUUGUCACCUAACAUGUAGUGAUCAGAUUGUUUCAUCUGAGAUUGCGCCAUGUAGUAAGGUCAACGAAACGCAUGCGCCUUCGAAAAUUGAAUCAAGUCUUGAAUACCUUGGGAUAUGUAUGCCAACAAUGCUGUGUAGUUGUUACGGAAAAUAACUUGUAAUCGAUGAAAUUAAUUAGAUAACGUUUCACUCUCGAGUUUACAGCGGUUAAACUCCUAGCUCUCUAAGUCUACUUCUGGGUUCAAGUUUUACAUGCGAACCACGUGAACUUGUUUCAAACGCGAGAGCAGUGACGUGUGUUCAUUCGAGGAGAGAAUGAUCAUAUUUAAUGAGAUGGCAGCUCUGGGCUGGGACCAGAUAUUUCCCAUUACGUAUAAUCUUCAAACAAAAUUAUCAUUUUAUGGAGUCGAAAUGGUUAUAAUGGAGGUACACUGUAUAAUCACAAUUUGUCCAGGUAAGAUAGAACUAUUUUGUCAUUAUUGGCCCGCAGUUUUUGGAUGUUUUCGUUGUUAGCUAGUUAAUUGUAUGUUCAACGUUCUGUAUAGUGAUUUAAUGUACGGACCUUUGACCGUAGUCUUGACAACGCCAUGUAGUAAUACCCUCUCUGAGAUUUCUCCAUCAUAUCAGGAGUCUAUCAAUAGUCUUUUGAUACGGAUAGUCUCCUGAUCAUACCAUUGCACUGUAAACCUUUGUGAUAUAGCAGUGUGCCGUGUGGUUUGUACAUUUCAUUAUCGGAAGCUGUAAUUGUUUCACUAUUAAUUUUAUGAAUCGAUUGAUGGAAGAUAAAUAGUGUGUCGUGGCAGAACAAAAGUCACAAUAAUGUACCUAAGUGUGUGACACCAGCUAUAACGAGCUUACGAUUUACUCUCUAUCAGAAUGCUCUUACCACUCUUACGAUUUUCAGCACAUAUUCCAUUACAUAUUCUAACUUACGUAGAAAAACAUUGUACAUUGGUGUGUAAAUCACUAUGCGUAGCCCCAACCAGUCCCCAAGUAGGAUAACUGAUAUUCAGAUGAUGUAAUCAAUAUACAUUAUAGGUAUAAUGUUUUACAGAGUUGCAAUUUGCAUUAGUUGCAAGCCACCGAAUUAUCUUUCACAUUCAAGGGGCAGAUCGUGUGAACAUUGGACAUGAGUGAUAGAACGAUGUAUUUCCGUUAUAAUGGAGCGAGGCAUUCUUAAAAUCAUUAUCGAGCCAAUUUCUGUAAAUAUUGAUUACGAUUAAGAUUUGUGUCCUAUUUAUGUGUAAAAAAGAGCGAAGAACAAAUGAUUGUUGGACGAAUCGUUUACGAAAGCCUUCUGUAUAACUGAAUAACACAUGCACACAUGUAUUUAGCAAGAGACGUGAUCAGAUUGUUCAAAUAAUUGAUGCUUUUCCCUAUAACUAUCAUUGAUCACUGUAUCACUAGAUAGUUGGUGCUUGGUAUACUCAUAAACCUUCAUAAUCAAAUGAGAAGUUGUGCACGUGAUUGGUUACACGUCGUCACAGUAAUGCAGCAGUGGAGCGGACAUCCUCUAGAUCAUUUCUGCUUCGGAAUUUUGACAAGACCAUGUAUUACAACGGCUGUCUAGUUACACAUUACCAUUUGGAUAUCACGUCACUCGUUAUCUGUUUCACGCGUUGACAUGAAUCAUGUUAGUUACACCAUGAAAUUAGCACGAGUUUGUGCGACAGUAAUUGUUGGCCAUUCGUUGACAUAUCAUUUUUCUACAUGAACAAAGCUCGGUACGGUAAUAUGCCGUACGCGCGCACGUGUGGGAGUCGAAUGGAAGCGACGCCAUGUAAAUAAAACCAUCUAACACCUAUAUAUA